CACAGUGGUUAGCACAGUCACCUCACAGCAAGAAGGUCCUGGGUUCAAGCCCUGGGGUACUCCAACCUUGGUGGGUCGUCCCGGGUUGUCCUCUGUGUGGAGUUUGCAUCUUCUCCUCGUGUCUGUGUGGGUUUCCUCCCACAGUCCAAAGACAUAUAGGUCAGGUGGAGCACCUGUACUACAUUGUCCCUAGGAGUGUGUGUGUGUGUGUGUGUGUGUGUGUGUGUGUGUGUGUGUGUGUGUGUGUGUGUGUGUGUGUGUGUGAUGGCCUGGCGGCCUGUCCAGGGUGUCUCCUCGCCUGCCACCCAAUGACUGCUGGGAUAGGCUCCAGCAUCCCUGCGACCCUGAGAGCAGGAUAAGCGGUUUGGAUAAUGGAUGGAUGGAAUUUCGUCUUUUAAAAUGGGCCUGCUGGCUUCCACCACCCGAAAAUCAGAGCGGCAUGAAAGUUGAGACUUGAUUGGUAUCUGUUUUCCUUGGUGGAGCACGAAAGCUGCUGACAGCAAAGCCUUGCAGGAGAGGCAGAGGCAGCAGAUGGCCAGAGGUCUGCCCAAACAGAAGCCCAUCACCGGGGUCAAACAGGUCAUUGUGGUGGCCUCGGGGAAGGGCGGCGUGGGGAAAUCCACCACUGCAGUAAACCUGGCUCUGGGACUGACCGCCAACGAGCCGUCCAAGUCAGUUGGUUUGCUGGAUGCGGACAUCUACGGUCCAUCUGUUCCAAAGCUGAUGAACCUGAGAGGGAAUCCAGAGCUGUCUGACAACAAUUUAAUGAUACCGCUCGUCAACUAUGGGAUUCCAUGUAUGUCCAUGGGUUUCCUAGUGGAGGAUGUAGCUCCUAUUGUUUGGAGAGGUCUGAUGGUGAUGUCAGCCAUCGAGAAGCUCCUCAGACAGGUGGAUUGGGGGUCAUUGGACUACCUGGUGGUUGAUAUGCCUCCAGGGACUGGGGAUGUCCAGCUGUCAAUCACACAGAAUGUUCCCAUAGCAGGAGCAGUCAUCGUGUCCACACCACAGGACAUCGCCUUGUUGGACGCACGCAGAGGAGCUGAGAUGUUCAAGAAAGUCAAUGUGCCGGUCCUAGGCCUGGUCCAGAACAUGAGUGUGUUCCAGUGUCCCAACUGCAGCCAUCAGACCCACAUCUUUGGUUCGGACGGAGCCAGACGGCUGGCCGAAACCUUGGGAGUUCACAUGUUAGGGGACAUUCCUCUCCAUCUAAACAUCCGAGAGAUGUCGGAUAGAGGACAGCCGGUGGUCGUAUCGUCUCCUCACAGUUCUGAGGCUGACUCUUACAGGAAGGUGGCAUCUGCUGUGGUCCAGAGACUGGAGGAAGUCAGCAGUUGAUUGGCAGAUGAACAGGAAGUCAGUGGAUGAUUGACAGCCCGUGGGCAGUUGGUCAUCAAGAGAGGCAGUAGUAAAGUGUACAUGCAGACACAUGGAUGAAUGGAAACAACACAUUUUAAACCAACAGACAAGCACUCAUACAAAUACACUGCAUACAAACUUGCAUCAGAUACAGAUGUUCACACUUCGACACAAAUACCAGCACACACUCACGCACACGCACACACACACAUGCAUGCAUGUUUCCAUAGAGAGGCAUGUUUUGACUAACCAUCUUUAUGUCGUAACGCAAAAUAACUAUCUACAAAUGCAGUACAGACCACAAUAAAUGUGUGCACAUACUGACAUACACAGUAUACUACUAGUACUACUUCAUAAAUGACUUCAUGUGGCGCUGUGGUUACUGCAUGCUUUGAAGUCGCUGCUCCAGAUUACGUAUGACGUGGUGUCCCAGUGUGGCUCCAGUCUCGUACUGCUCCGUCAGGGUGGCUGUGCCUUUUCACGAGGCAACAUUCCAGUAUUGAUCUCAGUCAUCUUAUUUAUGUACAUUUUCCUGCUUGGUGGGAUUUGAACCUGUGGGAGCUCUGCUUUCUCUGAGAGCUCAUCUACCGCUGAGAUCCGGUAUGGCUCCUUUUCAGAGUCCAUGACAAGACGAUAACGUAUUGGACCAAGGAAAGCUGAAUCACUUCAUCUGGACACAGCAUUUACUGACAGAUACGUCUCAUCGCUCAAGUAAGUGACCUCUUCAGUCUCACCUGACUGCAGGUCCUGGUUCAACAGGUCCUGGUUCAACAGGCCCUGUUUAAACAGACCCUGGUUAAACAGGCCCUGGUUAAGUGUGGUUAUCCUAACUGGGUGUUUGUCAAAGCCAGGAAGACGCCCAAACAGUGGACCAGCCGAUGGAAGAGAGGAGAAGGACCACAGCUGUCCAAGUGUAAACCAGUGGUGAUUCUGUGUGUGGUGGGAGUGUUUGGAAAAGCUGAGACAGUUUUCCAAACACUCAGUUGCUUUCCAACCCCAAAACACGCUGCACCAGGAGUUGGUCCACCCUAAGAAUCAGGUCCCCUGGCACAAACAGAGCAAUAUAGUGUAGCUGUUGGUUUGGGUGGUUAUGCCGCUGUAUUGUUUAUAAGGGUGGGGACACCUGCAGUCAGGUGGGACUGAAGAGGUCACUUAUGUCCCGUUUCCACGACAUGGUACCGGCUCAACUCCACUCGACUUUUUCGUUUUCCAUGACUGGAAAGUACCGGCAUUUUGGUAACCAUUACCCCUUUUCUGGUACCACCUUUAUCGAGGCUGCGAUAAAACUGGAGCGGGUACCCAAAUCAAGGCAGACCAGCCACACUGAGGGAGUGCUGUUACGGUGAUGGAAAACGACCCGAGUCGAGCCGGGGCGAGUUGAGCCGGGACCAUGUCGUGGAAAAGGGGCAUCAGAUGAUGAUGAAAGGUUUCUUGUGUCCGGAUGAACUGAUUCAAGCUUCUUUAAUGUUCUUCCCUGGAUUAUGAGGCACGCGUCAAGACGGUAACAUAUUUGGUGAUGAAUGUUUAAAUGAUUCAGCAGUGGGACAAAGAUCACAAACCAACCAUCCCCCGUUUCACGGGAGUGGAAGCUAACCUGACACCCGGAGCAGCAAGCGGGGAAAGCCGUUCUCGGGCGGAUCUGUAUUGAAGCUCGUUUUGCUGUGAAUGUCUGAAGGGAAGUGGUGAACUUGAAUAAAAGA